CAAUCCAGGUUUAUUAACUGGGAGUGUCCAAUGUGGACUAUAAAGAGCGAUGCCUGUGUUUCUUAGAUAUGAGGAAGUGUGAGGCAUGUGACAGGAAGACACAGACUCACUACACUUCAUGAAGAUGUUGCGAAUCUCCUUGUGGCUCUGCGUGGGACUGUCGGUGUGUGGGUUUGCCUUUUGUUCCAUCGAAUGUCCUGAUGGAAAGCUGUGCCCUGAUUUAUCCACCUGCUGCCUCACUGGGCAUGGAUUCAGCUGCUGCCCACUUCCAGAGGCUGUGUGCUGCUCUGACAAGGCCCACUGCUGCCCCUCGGGGUAUCGCUGCAACCUAGCCACGAUGAUGUGUGAGAAAACAGACCAGCCGUGGGUGAGCCUCCCCAUGCUGACGAAGGAGGCUGCAGAGGAACCACCCGCUCUUGAUUUGUCUACAAACCUUGUUGAGGAGCUCAAAAACGACAACGGCCUGGCACAGAAGAGUACAGGUGUGCAAUGUGACAGCUUUUACAUGUGUCCUGAUCGAACAACCUGCUGCAGACAUCCCAAGGGCGCCUGGUUCUGUUGCCCCUAUUAUCCUGGAAGGUGUUGUCUGGAUGGAUUCCAUUGUUGCCCGUAUGGCUAUGACUGUGACUUAACGUACACUCACUGUAUAAGGGAUGGCUUCAAAUAUCCAUUUUACUACAAACAAGCUCUGACCUCAGUCCCAGCUGCCCUCAUUUCACACCCAGAGGAGAACAGCAUCCAGUUGGAGAAAUCCCUGACAGCUUUAACAGAAGCUAGCGAUGCCCCGUCUGAACAUGGAGUCAUCCGCUGUGAUAGCAAGUUCUUCUGUCCUGCUGGAACUUCUUGCUGCAAGGGAGCUGAAGGCCAGUGGACCUGCUGCCCCUACCCGCUGGGGAAAUGUUGUGCAGAUGGUCGGCACUGCUGUCAGUAUGGAUACACCUGUGAUGCCACAUCAGCCACCUGCAGAAAAUUGUAGGUCAUCUGAGGACCACAAGGAUACACUGUAGAGACAGCUUUACAGUGAACCAUGUCUGCUUUAGCAAAUAAUGUCACGUCAUGUCUGAAAUACAUGCAAACAUGUUAAAGAAAAAAAGCUGCAAAAUGGA